AUGGUGGCCGCGGCCACCAUCGCAUUCGGGCUUUGGUUCCUGACGAUGCGAUUUCAGGACUUUGGGGCGCGGUGGAAGCAAGCUGUCGAGAUCAUUUCUCAUGACGAUGUCAUCGAGUCAAACUAUGCACAGCCAUCAACAGCGGCAAGUGAAACUUCAUCAGAAAAGGAAGCCAAGCCAUCAAAUGUCUACAUGUCAUCCGACGACGUGGAGAGAUACGUGGGCUCGAUUCUCGAAUUCGGAAACGAUGUGGCAAUAAAUCGAACUGUCUGCCCAUCAGAGAUUUCUUAUCGGUACAGUCAAUUGAGUUCCAUGCACGGAGGCAACGGCAAAAUAAAAUAUUUCUUCGCAUUGGAUCUAUACCAAUCAGCCGGAAUCAUCUCUCGACUCAUGAGCAGUAUCGUGGAAACGAUGCGAUUCCUUGGACCAGAGAACUGCGCUAUCUCUGUCGUCGAAGGCCGAUCCGAAGACGGGACAUACGAGAUCCUGGCUGCAUUGAAAGAGCGCAUCGAUGCGAUGGGCGGGCAUUUUUUCCUAUCAUCCAGCGACAUUAAUCCAAAGGCGGGCAAGGACGUAGACCGUGUCCAGGCAUUGGCCAAACUACGAAAUAUGGCGCUCCUUCCAUUGAAGUCCGUGACCUCGUCGGGAUCGAGCGAUAAACUGGGAGAAAUGUACUCGUCGGAUGCAGUUAUCAUCUUCGUGAAUGAUAUCGUGGUGUGCCCGGAAGAUAUCCUUGAAUUGGUGUUCCAGCACGCCAACCAGGAGGCACAUAUGACCUGUGCGUUUGAUUGGAUCUUUAACGGCACAACGUUCUAUGAUGUUUGGGUAUCGCGCACGUUGGUUGGCGAUACGUUCUUUGAAAUCCCGCAUGAUGGCUCGUGGUCAUAUUCCAAAGAUCUCUUUUGGAGCGAUCCAGAUGGUAGGCGGCGAUACGAAGCCAAAAAGCCUUUCCAGGUAUACUCAUGCUGGGGCGGGAUGGUAACUCUGGAUGCGGCUUCGUUUGCUGAUGACACGGUCAAGUUCCGUGCCUCGGAUCCUGGCGAGUGCUACAUGGGUGAGCCGACGCUUUUGGCGAAGGAUUUGUAUCGCCAGGGUCUUGGGAAGGUUCUGGCCGUGCCUGCGGUCAAUGUCGCAUACUCUGAUGAGGAGGCUGUUGGUACCAGAGCGCUGCGAGGCUAUGUCGGUGAUCAUAUCGAUCAGUCUAGACCGAGUCUGGCUCGAGAUGAGACUGUUCAAUGGCAGUCUGCGCCUCCGGCUAUGGUCAAGUGUCUUCCCAAUUUUAAUCAGCCGAGCUGGACUUCCCCGGUUUGA